UUGAUUUCGUCUCAGAAAAAAAGGUGUCGAGCCUUCUUCGCCGGAGCUCCGAACAAAUCCUCUUCGUCGGGGCCAGAGAUAGCGCGGGUCGCCGCCUCCGCCCGUAUAAUUUCCCCUCCCCUGCAUCCCCCGGGCGUGAUCGCGAUCCUCUUUUUCCGAACCUGCGACGCGAUCCCUCCUGUUGGGAAGGUAUGGCAAACAAGGGCCAAGGAGAUGCGCGGAUCGUUAUCACGGAGAUGGAAGAGUUCGUGCUGGGCAUGCAACUGAAUGGAGCGACACGCAAGCUUGAGGGUCGAGAUGUGUUUACGGUUUCAGAUGGAGAUGCCGCGUCGAAAGGUGCACUAGCAAAGGAUGACGUGAGCAAGUUGGCGGUGAUCAAAGAGACAGCUGUCGUUGGAGAGCAUGUAAAGAAGGAUGGAGGAGAGGAGGGAGUAGUCAAACCGGAUGAUGUUCUACGUGAGGCUGCAGUUGGCAAGGGUUUGGCUGGUGCUUUGAGGCUUCUUCAGGACAGGGGGACGCUUAAUGAGGGUGGUGAUAAAACCCCUGACCAGAAGAAGAGCAAGCCUGUUGGUAGUAUCAAGGAUGGACCAAAAGAGAUUCGCAUAGAAAGAACUGAUGAGUUUGGUCGAGUGAUGACAAUGAAGGAGGCGUUUCGGGAGCUUUCGCACAAAUUCCACGGCAAGGGCCCGGGCAAAACGAAGCAGGAAAAACGGCAGAGGAAGUACCAGGAUGAGCUGAAAACCAAGCGGAUGAAAUCCUCCGACACACCUUUAAUGUCCGCGGAAAAGAUGAGAGAGGCUCAAGCUCGCAGCAAGACGCCAUACCUUGUUCUAAGCGGCAGCGCAAAAUCAACUCCAAGAGGAUAGACCAGUGGCUUGGCUACCGGGUCCGGGGAGUGCAGAAAGAGCUGUCUGACUCUGACCUGCUCUACUGUGGAGCGCUGAAAGGACACCCUCAGGAUAUACCCAGUUGACAUCUCAUCUUAUGAAUUCUUCAGAGACAACACCUCCCAGGGUUGUUGGCGACUGAGGCUAAAUUGGACGAUUUCCACUGGUUUAAGAAGAGCAUUUAUUUUUAAAAAAAAACACUUGUCUGUCCUGACAUCUUUAGUAGAUUUACUACUGAAUCUGAAAGCCAACGAAAGUGUAAGCUUGACAUUAAU